UUUCUGGGUGCGAGGAAUUAAUCGUGUCAUGAUUUAUAAAUAGAAAAUCUGGCAAUUCACAAGCCUAAGUUUAGAUUCCAGAUAAAAUUCUGUUAAUUCGGAUGUUUAUGCCAUUUGUGUUUUGUCAAACUAUUUAUUUAAAUAACAAUAGUAGAAUCUAGAUAUAUCUAGUUAUUUUGAAGAGCUCCUGUGACAGUUUGGGGUGCUGUCACACACUUAAUCAGUUCUGAGAAGUUGACCUUUCUUUUCAAAUAAAUCACGCACUCCUGAUGAUAGCACAGGCACGGCUAUUACAUGAAUCAGAUGUGUUAGCUAUUAUGUAGGCCUUGGUUUUAUGCUUCCUGGAACAUGAACAGAGGUUGGGGAUGAAGAUAAAUAAUAAAUGAUCAUUUUUAAUCCUCAUUAUAUAGAAGAAAUAAAAUAAUACAAAAAUGGGAAAUAAAGUUCCUUCAAAGUUUCGUAGACCCAAAGGGAAUCGAGAUCCCAAGCCAAGAGAAUCAUCUGGGGAACAACCAGGCAAUGAUGUACCUAAAAGACUAUUACCUAAAGUUCCAGAUAAACCACCAACAUCUGAAAAACAAAUGGUACGAGCACUUUAUAACUUUGGAGGUAUCAGCAAAGAUGACCUUUCUUUUAAGAAAGGAGAUAAAUUAGAAGUAGAUAUGUCUAAAACCACAGAUAAAGACGAUUGGUGGCUAGCAUUUAAUCCAAAAACAAAUGAAUCAGGUUAUAUACCUAGUAAUUAUGUUGUCAAGGAUGAUGAGACUCCACAAAGUCAAGAUUGGUGGUAUGAUAUACAACGUCCAGAAGCUGAAAAAAAUUUACUUUUACCUGGCAACAAAAAUGGAACAUUUUUGGUUAGGCCAGCAGGAGAUCAAAUGUCCUAUGUAUUAUCUGUUCUUGAUAUGAGCAAUGAAAAUGAGCCAGCAGUGAAACAUUAUCGUGUUAAAACCAUGGACGAUGGUAGAUUCUAUAUCAGCGCCAACAGAAACUUUAAAGAUUUAUUUGAACUGAUUGCCCAUUAUAAAAGCAAAAAUGCCACUGGAUUGUGUUCCGCCCUGUCAGUACCAUGUCCGCGUGAUAAACCAACACUACAAUUUCCUGAAUUAGAAGUCAGCAGAGAUACCAUCCAGUUAACUGUUAAAUUAGGUGCAGGGUGUUUUGGUGAGGUGUGGAAAGGUAAAUUUCGAAGAGUUUUUGAUGUUGCUGUAAAAAAGAUGAAACCUGAUACCAUGUCUGCAGAUGCUUUCUUAGAAGAGGCUAGAAUCAUGCACAAACUUACCCAUCCACGAUUAGUAUUGCUCAUGGCUGUAGUAUCACAAUCACAGCCAAUUUAUAUCAUAACUGAAUUAAUGGCGCAUGGAUCUUUGCUGGAUUUUCUACACUCUGAAUUGGGGAAAAAACUCAAGUUGCUGCAACUGAUAAACAUGAAUUGUGAGAUUGCAGAAGGCAUGUCUUAUUUAGAGAGUCAACAGUAUAUACAUAGAGAUCUGCGGGCUGCAAAUGUUCUGGUUGGUGAGCGGUACAAUGUAAAAAUUGCAGACUUUGGACUUGCUAGAAUACUCGAAGAUCAGAUCUAUAAUGCCAAAGAGGAAACCCGAUUUCCUAUCAAAUGGACAGCACCUGAGGCAGCUAACUUUAGACAGUUUACAAUCAAAUCUGAUGUAUGGUCAUUUGGUAUCCUCAUGUAUGAAAUCAUUACACUAGGAAAAGUGCCUUACCCUGCAAUGACUGGUUCAGAGGUUCUUCGCAUGGUUGGGAGAGGUGAAAGGAUGAAGAUUCCUACUGGUGGGCCCAUUCCAGUUCCACAGUCUUAUUAUGAACUAAUGUUAAAAUGUUGGCACCAGAAUCCAGAAGACAGGCCAACAUUUGAAAGUUUGCAUGACAUUUUCGAGUCCUACUCUGUUAGCACUGAAGAUCAGUAUCUUUAAAGUUUGUUCUGCAAUUUUUGUGUCAUUUAUAGUUUUUGUACAUCUAGGAUUAAUUUGAAACAAUAGCCAUAAUAGUUAUUACCCUUAUAAUUUCUUUUGAAAUUAUGGCUCUUUAUGUUUAUACCAAUCAUAUUCUAUGUGGCACAUUUGAAAUUUAAAAUAUUUGAAAUAAUAUUACAUAAUGGCAUAUUUUUAAAAAAGCAUAAAAGUAGACUGCCAUUUUUGUUGUGCAUCUGAGCUCAACUUUUUUUUUUACAGAAAAAUUGUAUUUUAUGUCGUUUAUUUUCAAGUUUGUAAUUUUAUGUCCAUCAUUUGUCUUUCAUUAUUUAGUUUGUAGUAAUAAAGGUUGUUGCUAUUCCUAUGCAAGGGGCAGGGAAAGUAUGUAUAAAAACCCAAAGCUCUUAAUGUAUGUGUAAGAACAAACUCAAAUUUCAUGUAGGUCUACUUGAUUAUGUUCAUAAUUAAUUAACAUGUUGAUGUUGAUCUUCAGAUGUAUUUUUCACAUGACUAUUGUUCCGCUAACAUAUAACAUUUUUAUAACAUAAUUUACUUUCUCAGUCUAAUAUUUUUUUAAAAAGUGAUGCAUCUACUAAAAACAUAUUAAGUGAUAAUGAAAUUAUUUUAAAGCACAAAAGUUUUCUGUGUGUACCUUGUUCUUAAAUAUAUUUGUAAACACAGGUUUAGUCUUCCCUAAAGAUGUAAACAAACUUUAAACCACUGUGUUCACCUUGUGAACUUUUUUUGGUUGAAAUAUGUAUGUUUUUUUUCAAUUGUUAAUCUAUGUUAUUAAAGCAUUAUCAUUAUUAAAGCGGUCAAGUGUUAGACCACUAACCUGAAAGCGUCCAAUCAUGUCAAUAGAAUGUCUCUGAGUCCGCCCAGCUUUGAUGGGUACCUAACUCACAUUUAGUGAAAGUAAAGGUGGCAGGGACAUAGUGCUGACUACACUAUCCCUUCGUAUGCUGAACAAGUGAACUCUACAACGCUUGCCCCAUGGCCCAUCAGGCCAUUAAAGCGUUCGCAAUACAUUGUCACUGGAAAAAGUUUUUUUUAAGUUGAUGUUAAUGUUAAGGUAGAACCUUAACCCAGAAAUUUUGGCUACUUAAAUUAAUUCAGUAUAAUUACUAUAAAGUGCACUUAAUAAGGUAGUUAUAAUAUUUCUUAUAAAUUUUAAGUUUUCAUUUUUUUUAGAUGUUUAAUAGCUUUAAGAUGAAUAAUGAAACACAAAGUAUACUACUGUAUUUCAAGCGUAUUCUGACAUAUUGUUCAUUAUAUAAAACACAAAUGUUAAGUUAUGAUAUGUUGGUAUCCCUGUCUUUCAUGCUCAUAUUGACAGUUAAAUCUAGCUGAAAUGCUAAGGAGUAUUAACCCAGCUUCCUAAUUCUAGUUUAGUGAAUAUUUUUUUACAAAUGAUUAGCAACUAAUUAUGUAUUUUUUAAUUUUAUUGCACAUUAUGUUGACAUGUCUUAGUUAGUAUAUUAAUGUAUGUUGAUGCUUAAUAAUUUUUCAAGAUGGGUAAAUUUAAUUGUAUUUAUGUUUUAUAAGCUUAAAAUAGCCUACACUGAAAUAAUUUUAAAAUAUUUAUUUUACCAAACAAAUAUAGGUACUCACUUUUUUUUUACUGAUCCUAUCAGUUUAUGACUGGCUGCUAAAUGACUUAGCAUUUUAGUUGGCCUAAAUUUUAAACUGCUGCUGCUAUUUCUCACUGCUUUAAUACAUAAAAGCGUGCUUUUAAUUACAGUUUUAAUACAUAAAAGUGUGCUUUUAAUUACAGUUUAACUGCUUAUAAUAAAUAGUAGAGCCCAUAUAAUUACCAAUACUCUUAACUAUAAGAAAUUACCCUUUUGACUAUGUAAGUAUUUUUUUAAGUUAGAUUUUUAAAAGCUUUGUGUAUUCCUAAUGAAAGAGAAAAAGCUACAUCUAAUGUAAAAACCAAUAGUGCCAUACAUGCAUUUGCAUACAUACAAAUUAAAUUAUAAAUUAUCUGUAGAAUUAAAUGAUUUCUCACCAUUACAAGUUUACAUAUGUAAUCAAGGCAGUGGAUGAAUUUAACAUUUUAGGCUUUCUAUUUUGUAGCUGUAGGCUAAAAUUGAUUUUGCCACUUCUAUCCAUCCAAUAUAUAUACAUUAUAAUAUUAAUAUAUUUUUUAAAAUGUCACCCCUCAGCCCCACCAUUGCUCAUAAUAAAUUUAAAAAAAAAAAAGAUAAAUUGGAAGUCAAUGCAUAUUCUAAAUUUAUUAAAUUUGUAUGGAAUAUUUAUCUUUGUUUUAAAUAUAAUACAUAUUUACUACCGAGUGACUAAUUGGCUAUUUAUAUUAUAGGCUAUAAUACCACCAUUUAUACAACUAUACAGUUGUAUGAAUACAUACAUAACUUUUUUUUAAAAGUAAAAUGUUUUGAGACCUAAUUUUUAAGCAACAAUGUUUGAUUCAUUGAUUUUAUGAAGUAUUGAGAAUGGUGGUUGUGCUUUUUUAUAUAAACAUUCCUCUUCUUUGUAUUAAAAAUUAGCUGGGUUUUUUUAUAAAUAUUUUGACUUUAUUCAAAGUAUUUUAAUAAAACGUUUACAAUUAUAUACAUUAAAGAUAUAUUCAA